UGAGCCAAAAAAGAAGAAGAAGAGCAGCAGCAUCUUCCAGCCAUGCCGUCAAUGAAGUCAAGCCCCCUGUCAAGAAGCACAACAUCUGCAUGUGUCUUAUUGAGAGGGGACACAAGGUGGUCGUUGUCACGCACGCCUACGGUUGCAGGAAGGGCAUCCGGUACCUGACCAAUGGCCUGAAGGUCUAUUACCUACCCCUGCAGGUGAUGUACAACCAGUCCACCACCACAACUUUCUUCCACAGUCUUCCCCUUCUGCGCUGUGUGUUUGUCAGGGAGCGCAUCACUGUGGUGCACGCUCACAGCUCGUUUUCCGCUAUGGGCCACGAUGCUUUGUUCCAUGCAAAGACCAUGGGUCUUAACACGGUGUUCACUGACCAUUCGCUUUUCGGCUUUGCUGACAUCAGCUCCGUGCUAACCAACAAGCUCCUGACGGUGUCGCUGUGCGAUACCAACCACAUCGUAUGUGUGUCCUACACCAGCAAGGAGAACACCGUGCUGCGUGCGGCGCUCGACCCGAAGAUCGUGUCCGUCAUCCCCAACGCAGUCAACCACACCGACUUCAUCCCCGACCCCUCUCGCCGCCAUGACAACAGGAUCACCAUCGUCGUGAUCAGCCGUCUAGUCUAUCGCAAAGGCAUUGAUCUUCUUGGUGGUAUCAUCCCAGAGCUCUGUCUCAAACAUCCAGAUCUCAAUUUCCUCAUUGGUGGGGAAGGACCAAAGAGAAUCGUGCUGGAAGAAGUGAGAGAGAAAUACCAGCUUCAUGACCGGGUGCGCCUGUUGGGAGCUCUGGAGCACAAAGACGUCAGAGAAGUUAUGGUCCAGGGCCACAUCUUUCUCAACACGUCGCUAACUGAAGCUUUCUGCAUGGCCAUUGUGGAGGGAGCAAGUUGUGGACUGCAGGUGGUCAGCACUCGUGUAGGAGGCAUCCCAGAGGUGCUACCCGAGGACUUGAUCACACUUUGUGAGCCAACUGUGCGCUCGCUGUGUGCCGGUUUGGAGAAGGUCAUUGCACGGCAGCGUUCCGGGUCAGUUGCCUGUCCCGCCUCCAUCCACACACGGGUGCAGAACCUCUACACCUGGAAAAACGUGGCAGAGAGGACUGAAAAGGUUUAUGAUAGAGUGUGCGGAGAGGAGGUGCUUCCCCUGGACAGACGCCUUCAUAGGCUGAGAUCCCACUGCGGACCUGUGGCUGGCUCCCUCUUUUCCUUUGUGGCGGUUCUAGACUUCUUGUUCCUGUUGCUCCUCCAAUGGCUGGUGCCCGAUCGGGUCAUGGAUUUAUCUGUGGAUGCCACCGGUCCUCUGGGACUGUGGAAGCAAGAACCAAGCAAGAAGAGUAAAGGCGAAUCUCAAUGUAAAAACGACCUCAACUCUUUUCAAGGCUGCAUGGCCCACUUUUACACACCAUUGUUAUACAUACCCUGCAUUGAGCGUAACUCUGGGCGAGGGCGUGAGGCGUAUGUGGGAGGUGCUAAGUGCCCACAUAAGAGGGGAGAAGACGGUCUAACUUCCAGGUUAGUGUGUUCCACCCAUACUGUAGUGUAUAGGUUUACUGUUGGGUUACAAGUCAACAUGGUGGCUAUUCGGACGGAAGUUUCUCCAUGCUUGCAGUAUUGGCAGAGACCUUUGCACGUCUACGGCGGGCUGGUGUGCAACUCUCUGAUGGCUGACUCCUGGUCGGACCGAAGUCCCCUGCAUGAAGCGGCCUAUCAUGGCAGACUUCUCCAAUUGAGGACCCUUGUAGCCCAGGGCCUCCAUGUCAACACACUCACUAUGGAUGCGGUCUCCCCUCUCCAUGAGGCCUGCCUGGGUGGUCAUUACGCUUGUGCAAAGUACUUGCUGGAUCACGGUGCAAAUGUGCACCAGGUGUCAUCUGGCGGCGCCACCCCUCUCUUCAACUCAUGCAGCAGCGGUAGUGCCGCCUGCGUGCGGCUCAUUCUGCAGCGUGGCGCCUCAGUCCUCCCCGCGCACCAACUUGCGUCCCCCGUCCACGAGGCGGCAAAGAAAGAUCAUUCAGAGUGUUUGGACCUGCUGCUGGCGUACGGAGCGCACAUUGACAUGGAGCUUCCCACGAUGGGGACGCCUCUGUAUUCCGCCUGUAUGGCCUCCGCCGCAACCUGCGUGCAUGUGCUACUACACUCCGGAGCAGACGUUCGACUUGGGUGCGGACAAGACAGUCCGUUGCACGCCGCAGUCCGAGGGGGCGGAGCCACAGUCGUGGACGUUCUCUUGGACUUUGGUGCUGAUCGCUGCUGCAUGAACACUGAAGGCAAGACCCCGCUAGAUGUGGCUGCACCAGACAGCAGAGCGAGAGCUACACUUCAAAGCAGAGGUCCUUGCUCGCUCUCUCAGCUGUGUCGCUGCUCUAUUCGGAGAAGUUUGGGGAGGAGUCGCCUCCACAGAGCUUCCAGCCUCAUCCUCCCACAUACGAUCCAGAGCUACCUCCUCUACCAAUGACAUACCUUGGCCAUGUAUGUUGGUUUAGCUUGUAUACUGGAUGCUUAUAAAACAUCUUUUUAAUUUAUUUUAUGUACCUUGGUGUAUGUUCUACUGCUCAAAUCAACUGUAUACAGUAAAUGCUAAUUCUCAUGAAUCUUCACAAUGUGCUAACUGUGGCAGCCCUAUUAGGCACCAUGGACAGCUCCAGUUGGCAUUUGUCGCCUCCUAGUGGUGAAAAAAGGGAUAUUUUCGAGAAAAUAAAAAACAAAACACUGAAGAACCUUUAAAGUGGACCACGUGAUGCUGGUCAACCUCCAAUUUUUUUCAGAUUUCAAAGCAAUUUUCCCAUAGGAAAUAAUGUAAAGGGAACUGGAUUGGAAGGGGAAAUCAGAAUCAGAAUCAGCUUUAUUGUCAUUACGCAAGGUAACGAGAUUGAGGCCAUUCCAUACAGUGCGAUGUGUGCAUGCUAGAAAAACAAUGUGCAAAUAUAUAAAAAUAUAAAAAAUGUAGAAGUGCAAUGAAUAUGGUGUGAAAUGAAUAUAUACAUGAAAAAAACCCCAAAAAAAACAGGGUGGUUGGUGGAAUGGGUUAUUGCACCGAAGAGAAGGCAGUUAUGAGGGACAAUGGGGCAGUCCGUUCAGGAUGGUUAUGGCCCUGGGGAAGAAGCUGUUCUUUAGCCUGUGGUUGCAGUGCAGAUUUUA